CUUCUUUGACCUCCCUCUCCAUGCGGCUCUGCCUGUUCCCCCAUGGUCACUUCAAGCGUGACACUGCGCUUUGCUGGGAAGGAAGCACAGAGAGCAUCGCUCCGUGCGUGUGGAGAAAAUUCUUUUCGUUUGAUAAGUUCCUCUCUUCUGGUCUUUGCCCACAUCUAAGAGUGCCUGUGUCAGAUCUUCUAAACGCCUGGCGGGCUUGCCUCCGUGCUUGCCGCCGCAUGAUCUCGAGACCGGAGCAGAACAUCCAAACGGCAUGCCCAGCACAAAGCCGCGCCAGUUUCUGCGUUCCCUUCUUAUGAUGACCGUUUCGUCUCUCCGCCUUUUUCUGCGUAUCCUUAUGUCCGCGUCUCUGCGGAUACACCCUAAACCGCGUUCAACUCGUGCCGCCUUCGUCCACCGAGCAGGCGUCAGCGCAUGCGUUUCACCAUUCUCACCUCAAACAUGCUCAACAUUAAAGGGGCCAUACACCUGCGAAACUCUUCACUCCGCAGAUAUGACAAAUGAUGCGCUCUCUCCUCUAGAUUUCAGUUCCACUCUCACAGCAACAACCACGAGCAACUUACGCAGUGUACAUUUACGUAUGUACAUCAUUUGCAUGAACACUUGAUACAUAUAUAUAUACAUAUAUAUGUACGUAUAUAUUUGUAUGUGUAUAUAUAUGUAAUAGAUGCAUGUGCCAUAUAUAUAUAUAUAUAUACAUAUAUAUAUAUAUAUAUAAUCAUAUGGUGUCAUUCUUCUCAUUCUUGGGCAACAGUCAGUGAAUACGGUCGUCCGCGUUUUCGGUGUGGGUGAGUUGCGUGUCUGCUCGUUUUCGGAUCUCUCUUGGAGUCGAUGUCACCUGCACUUUGUUCUCGGUGUCUCUUUCGUUCCUCUCAACAGUUCCUUCUCUUGAACCGUUCUUACCGUCUCUCGUCUUCCAGAUGCAAGUCUCUCUGGGGAGUCACGUGGAUGCACACGACGACCAAGGAUCCUCUCUCUCCGUCUGUGCCUCUAAGUGACAGUUUUGCCUGUAUAUGUUAGACUCUGGACUUUCUCUCGAUCCGCACAAUGCCGUCCAACGUCCCCGCCACAGAGCGGCCUCCUGCCUCUCGGGAGUUGUCUUCUUCCCCUCCCUCUUCUUCUUCAUCUUCUUCCUCAUCCUCUCCGUCGUCUUCCUCCUCUUCUUCUGCUUCACCUUCGCCUUCAUUUGUUGAAGAUUCGUGGAGGCGGCACUUGGAAGACGCGAAGGAGGUAGCCUGGCGACGCCGCGUGCGUCUGCGAGUGUUGGGAGGCGGCCCAGACGGCACAGAGGCGGUUCCGAAGAAGGGUGAAGGACGCGAGAACAGCAUUGCUCGCCUCCAGAAAGCCGUAAAUCGUGUGAAGAAGAUCACCGAGACCGACAAGGAGGCGAUCCUCAGUGAACUGAGCAGACUCAACGUGUCACUCUUUCUCUCGGAAAUCACAGACAGCAUCUGCGAACUCGAUUUCAAGCUUGCGGAUGUCCGGGCGGUCGUCGAAGUGUGCGCGGCGCUUCACGGAACCUAUCCUUCGUUCUCCUCCCUUCUUCAACAGUCUCUUGAGAAACAAAUCAGGGCCACUGUGGAGUCCGCGAGUGCGUUCGUCUCGGCGGCUUCGUCUUUGCCGGCCUCUUCUUCUCACGCCGCUUCCUCUUCUCCCCCCUCGUUUGCUUCUUUGUCGCCGAAUCUUGUCGUCAUCCUCCCGCAGGAUCUGUCUGGGAAGCACACGGCGCUGACACAGCGUCUGCGUCUUCUGACGCGUCUGGUUGCCGAACUCUUUCUUACUUCUCUCUUGAAGGAAGCGUCUCUUCUGCCCUUGCUGCAGUUCUUAACCUCACCGUACGCCGCCUCCGCAGUCCCGCCAGGCGCCGGACUGUCUGUCUCUCGAGUCUCCUCCUCGACGUCUCUUGCCCUCGCGUCGUCUCUGUCGUUUCUGCUCUCCAGGUUCGCCGUCCUCAGCUCGCUUUCGCGGAAGGCGGCUUCGCAGCUGUUUGCCGCGAGUGGGGAGAAAACGCGCUUCUUCCAGUCGUUGCUUGAAACUUUGCAGAACGCGCGAGACGCAGACGACGCCUCGGACGCACAGCAACAGAAACCGCGUCGAGAAGGUCACGGGAUGGACAAGCAAGAUGGUCAAACCGAGAGGGAGAUAGAGAACCAGACAGAACAGGAGGCAGAGAAGGAGACGGCCAGAGGUCCGUCGGAGGUGGACGCAGAGCAAGGAGAAAAUGUGGAGAAACACCCAGAGGAUCUCGGAAGAGCACUGCGAGAACUGAUGAAAGAAUUGGGAGUGACAGAGGAGGACCUCGCUGCAGCCGCGUUCGACGAAGAGGAAGAAUGCUUCAUGGAAACGAGGAAAAAGACGUCGGUGCUGCUUCGUCACUUUUAUCUUUCGUCUGCAAGCUUGGGAGCGAACGACUUGCAUCAGCAGCUGAUUAUGCAGGAGCAACACAACAUGCAGAUGGUGGUGAACAGAGGGCAAGUCGACGCAGAGGCGAAUUCGCAAUUUCUUCAACUGAGGGGGAGACUGAAUACGUUUCUUCUGCAUGCACAAGCCAUCGCCGACGCGAUCCAGGAAUCUCCCGUCGACAUGCAGGCCAUUCAAGCGAGAACUGCGGCGAGGCUGAACUUGGACGCAGACGCAGUUGCUGCAACGCGCGUUGGUGUGCCUGGCAGCGAAGAGACAAAAGCUGAAGAAGAAGUUGACGACAAUCUCAUGUGGCGAGAUGAAGCUGAAAAAGAGUUUUACACGGACAUCUUGAAUCUGAAAGAAGUAAUUCCUGCAGUGCUUCUCGGAGUGAGAGAGGCGAAGGACAGUGACGGCAAGGCCGCGACCGAGGUCAAGAGCGCCGUCGCCGAGAAGCUGGAUAACUCCAGUCUCACAUCAGGGACCGACAGCGGGAGCACAAAUCCCUCUUCGUCUUCCUCUUCGUCUUCCUCUUCUUCUUCGUCUUCUUCUUCCUCUUCGUCUUCUUCCUCCUCUUCUUCGUCUGCGACAAGAGGAGGCAGCGCGGCGACGCAGGGCAUGGACCUCAUGCUGCUGAGGCUCAGCCAGGCGUCGGAGGCACACGCUGUCGAUCAGAUCGCGAUGGACAUUUUCUACGAGCGCCUCAACACAAAAGUCAAUCGGGCGGCCUUGACGAAGGCUAUCACCAGUGUUUCGCGCACACAGUUGCAACUUCUGCCUUUCUACGCGCGGCUGCUCGCCAUCUUGAAACCUUUCAUGAAGGAUGUCUGUGGGGGUGUGUUGGACUACCUUCAAGGGGAGAUGAAAAGAAUCUUGGAGGAGAAGCAUCCGACGGAGCUGGAAAGCAAGAUUAAAAACGUGCGUUUUAUCGCGGAAUGCACGAAGUUCGGCCUCCUUCCCGUUGGGUUCGUUCUCGGUGCCUUCAAUUCGCUCAUGGAAGACAUGACUCCUCACCACGUGGAGCUUCUCUACCACAUUGCAGAUGCCUGCGGCAACUAUUUGCUGCACAUGCCACUCACCCGCCAGCGCUUCAGCGCGCUUUUGCAGAAAAUGUUGAAGAUAAAAACUGCGAAGAACCUACCGGCGCAUCUCGACAUCCUUCUCGAAGACGCCUACCAUCAACUGCGGUCUUCGACCAACGCACGCGCUCAAGGCCGAGGCGCGAAAACUCCCGAGCCGCCAGAGAAACAGUUCUUGAGAAAACUCAUCUUUGAAGAGCUCCUUCGACGCGACGAAGAUCAGGUUGCGCGCGUGAUUCGGAAAUUCCCUUGGUCGACUGAACCCAAGGUUGAGAAGUGGUUUCGAGAAAACGUCCUGGAUUUAGAUAUGCAGACGAACUUCGACCACAUUCACCGCAUUGCUUCACUCAUGUGUGCCCUGGCGAAAUAUCUGCCAAGUGCAAUAAUUGCAUGCAUCGACGGUCUCCUCGAGGCAAUUCAGGUGGGCCUUGAACGCGAAGAUCCGCGCGACGCUCCAAUUCGAGUUCGGCAGAUGAAGUUUCUCGCCGAGUUGUACAAUUACAGACUCGUAGAUUCCUCCGUCAUCUUCGACAUGCUCUAUCACCUCUGCGGCUUCGGCUCAGCCACGAGUCACCAAGCUGGGAACAUCCGAACUGCGCACCGCAUAUUAGUCGAACAGGCGCGCGUCAACGGCGUCCUGCCGUCGGCGUCUUCGUCUGCUUCCUCUUCUUCUUCGUCUGCGUCCGGUUCUUCUCUCUCACCUGCCGUCUCGGGUGGUGCGUCUGCGGCGGCUGAGGCCCAGGCUGCAGGCGCUUCGUCUUCGCUCAUGUUCCAGAGCAGCCUCUACGAGCAAGAGCCGCUGCCGCUUGUCGAUCCUGCAGCGCCAGCCGACUGGCCGGAGAGCUGCUUCCGGGUGACUCUCGUGUGCAUGCUGCUCCAGACUUGUGGGCACUACUUCUCCAAGGGAGCGCUCCGCCUGAAGCUCGACCGCUUCCUCCUCUUCUUCCAGCGAGUCGUCCGGGCAAAGACGUACGUCCCUUUUCUGGUCGAGGCGGAUUUCCUCGACACGCUGGAGGCGCUGCGUCCGCAGUACGAGAUUGCGAAAACGUUGCCAGAAGCAGAGCAGCGCGUUCGAGAGCUCCUCAAGGAAGAGGCGCGAAUUCUCGCUGCGAUGGAGCAGGAAGACGGCGGAGAAGAAGAAGACGAAGAGGCUCUGUUCGGCUCUGUUGACGAGAGUGAAGAAGAGGAAGAAGAGAACGGAGGAGAGGAGGAAGAGGAAGGCGGCGCAGAAGACGAGGCAGAGGAUCUCCGCGACUACGUUCGCGAGCACGUCCAGAAGGAAGAGGAACUCCGGUUCGGCGCGGACUUUGCGCAGAUGAUGCUGGCGUCUCUGAACGAAGCGAAGACGCUGCGCCGCCCGACAAGUUCAGAGAUGAAGAUUCCUGCGAAUGUCCUGAAAGAGACGGAGAGCCUCUCUGAAGCGCCGCGACCCUCCAGCGAGGAAGCGAGCUCGCGAGAAGUUCUCACCUCCGGAGACGCUGACGACGGCGACCUCGAUCCUGACGGGCCUCUCCCGCGGCCGACGACGGCAAUGCGCUUGGUGCUGCGGCGACCGGACAAGCGAAACCGAUUCGUCGUUCGACCGCUGGCAGUGCCGACAGACGCCAGCCUGGCAGAGCAUUCGCGGCGCAAAGACCAGCAGGCUCGGCAGGAGAAAGCCGAGCGAGCAGACUUGAAAAAGUUCGUGAUCGAACGCGUGAACCGCUCUGCGGAAGAGGAGGCGCACACCGGACUCGACGCCCUGCGCAGCUGUACGCACACCUCCAACACCGUCAAGGUGCCCUUGUUCCCGCGAGACGGCGGUGGAGACAAGUCCGGGUGUACGUCCACCGCGUCCAGCCGGAGAGGCAAGUUUCGGUCCAAGUGGUGACCGCUUGGCGGAAGGCGAGAAAGCGAGGCGAAGAGCGAGAGGGAAAGGACGCCUAUGAGAGUGAGGGAGAAGUCCACUCCACCUCACGCGCAGAGGGAGAGACAAAGACAGUUCUUCAAAAGUGAAAAGCGCGAACCGCGGCAGAGAGGACGCGACAGGAACGCUGCAGAGGCACGGGAGAGAGGCGGAAGGCAGAGCGUACGUGGAACGGGAGGCAGAGCUGCUGUGUACUCCCAACAGCGCGAGAGCAAAGAGCGAAAGGGAACGAGACAGACGGAUGGCAUGAAGAGCACAAGAGAGCGUGUGCCCAGAAAAAAAAAGAAAUCAUGUCUGCGUUUCUUCCCGGAGGCGUUCCUCAUUUUUUUCCUGGCGGGGAUCACUGCCGCAGCUGUGCUGUGUAUAGAGAGAGUGUCAGCGAGGCGGCCAGGAAGUCUCCACUUGUUCGAGACUCGUUUUUCGUAUUUUGUUUCUUCCGUACUCUCUGCUCUCGCGCGUCUUCGCCGGCUUUCUUCGUGCCUCCUGUCGCGUUUUUUUUCCGCGUGGAUUGGCGGGAGCGUCCCCAGCGUUCUUGAGUUCAUGAGUCUUCAGUGCAAGUUGAAAAGGGUCUUGUCGGCAGCUUGGACUUGUACCGUUUCGUGGAGGCGCCGCAGAAGCUUCACUUCUCGGCAAGCAUUUAGUAUUCACUUGACUGUCGCAAAUGGACACUGAAGUCACGCGUUGUAGACUGCAUGGACAUACUUCAACACUCGCUACUCGCUCAGCGACAGUGAACGUCUCUCCCAAGGCGACAGGCUGCGAACGGC